CGCCGCCAGCCGCGGUCGCUGCAUCCUCAGCUAGCGGCUAGAGGAAAGCAGCAGGCGCGGCCACCAGCAGAGACACCAUGUGACGGGUACUGCUCAGUGACACUCAGUUUUGGUUCAAGAGCGGGCUCGCGGUAGGAUAGGUGACGGUGCACAGGACUCGGAGGAAUGGCCUGACCUUCCCCAUUAAAUAAUCACGAGCCAUGGAUGCCCAAGGGCGACGCGCCCCCCAGUAGGAGAUGACUAAGAUUCGAGACCCUCAGCGCUGGAGCGUGUCGCAGUCGCCGGGAACCUCCGCCCUUCACCUUCCUCAGAAAUCCGCCACGCCACGCCACGCCAAGCUUCCCCGCCCAGCCGUGGUUGACUGAGGCCACCUUUUCCCAGCCGAGGCAGCCAGACCUUGACACAAAGGACAUCACACGGCGGGAGGAUAACCCAGAAGGGCGGACACCUUGACGGCUCUCCUUUUGCCACUUUUCCCUUUAUUGCCGAGGGGUGUCAAGCUUAUUAUUUUGCUGCUAUCCACUUGUAAAUACGCUCAGAACAGGAGAAUUUGGACAAAUUUUUUGACUAUAAAUACUUUCUAACCAUGAUGCACUUCAAAAGUGGACUCGAAUUAACUGAGUUGCAAAACAUGACAGUGCCGGAAGAUGAUAACAUUAGCAAUGAUUCCAAUGAUUUCACUGAAGUAGAAAAUGGUCAAAUAAAUAGCAAGUUUAUUUCUGAUCGCGAAAGUAGAAGAAGUCUCACAAACAGCCAUUUGGAAAAAAAGAAAUGUGAUGAAUACAUCCCAGGCACAACCUCCUUAGGCAUGUCUGUCUUUAACCUAAGCAACGCCAUCAUGGGCAGUGGGAUCUUGGGACUUGCCUUCGCCCUGGCGAACACCGGAAUCCUGCUCUUUCUGAUACUUUUGUCUUCAGUGACACUGCUGUCUAUAUAUUCAAUAAACCUUCUGUUGAUCUGCUCAAAGGAAACAGGCUGCAUGGUUUAUGAAAAGCUGGGAGAACAAGUCUUUGGCACAACAGGGAAGUUUGUAAUCUUUGGAGCCACCUCUCUACAGAACACUGGAGCAAUGCUGAGCUACCUCUUCAUAGUAAAAAACGAACUACCCUCUGCCAUAAAGUUUCUAAUGGGAAAGGAAGAGGCAUUUUCAGCCUGGUAUGUGGAUGGACGUGUGCUGGUGGUGAUAGUUACGUUUGGUAUAAUUCUCCCUCUGUGUCUCUUGAAGAAUUUAGGAUAUCUUGGCUACACUAGUGGAUUUUCCUUGAGCUGUAUGGUUUUUUUCCUAAUAGUGGUUAUCUACAAGAAAUUUCAAAUUUCCUGCAUUGUUCCAGGGCUAAAUUCAACAAUAAGUGCUAAUUCAACAAAUGCUGACAUGUGUACGCCAAAAUAUGUUACCUUCAACUCAAAGACUGUGUAUGCUCUACCAACUAUUGCAUUUGCAUUUGUCUGCCACCCAUCAGUCCUGCCAAUUUACAGCGAGCUUAAAGAUCGAUCACAGAAAAAGAUGCAAAUGGUUUCAAAUAUCUCCUUUUUCGCCAUGUUUGUUAUGUACUUCUUGACUGCCAUUUUUGGCUACUUGACAUUCUAUGAAAACGUGCAAUCGAACCUCCUUCACAAGUACCAGAGUAAAGAUGACAUUCUCAUCCUGACAGUGCGGCUGGCUGUCAUUGUUGCCGUCAUCCUCACAGUGCCCGUGUUAUUCUUCACGGUUCGUUCAUCUUUAUUUGAACUGGCUAAGAAAACAAAGUUUAAUUUAUGUCGUCAUAUCUUUAUUACCAUCAUACUCUUGGUUAUUAUCAACUUGUUGGUGAUCUUCAUACCCUCCAUGAAAGAUAUUUUUGGAGUCGUAGGAGUUACAUCUGCUAAUAUGCUUAUUUUCAUUCUUCCUUCAUCUCUUUAUUUAAAAAUCACAAACCAGGAUGGAGACAAAGGAACUCAAAGAAUUUGGGCUGCCCUUUUCUUGGGCCUGGGGGUCUUGUUUUCCCUGGUCAGCAUUCCCUUGGUCAUCUACGACUGGGCCUGCUCAACGGGUACUGAUGAAGGCCACUGAGACCAGCCAAGAAAAGGAAACAUCCCAGUCUUCUGCUCAAUCAAGUGACCACACAUCAGCAACCCUCAUCUUCUUUCGCAAGUUUACAGAAGCAAACACAUUUACAAGAUACUUAAAAUGGAAUAACACUUGGCUCGCAAAACAGAGACCUGUUUCUAUAAUGGCUCAUGUCCCUCCAAGAUUUGGGAUCGCUUACGGAUCAUAGAUUUUUCUGUUUUUCAAAUUUCAUGCAAUAGGAUUUUCCAGUACUUUCCUCAGUCAGUUACUUUUUGCUCUCCUAACUCUAUUUUUCGUGACUUCAUGGUCUCUUAGAACUUUGAAAACAUGAUCAUCAAUCAUGUUUAUUUAUUAUACAUCCAGAUUCUGAAAUAAUUUUCCUACUGAUGUUCAGCUCACACUCUGUACCUUUUUAGAAGAGAAAAGAGUCUUGAAUUGUAUAUAUUUAUUUUGCUUUACAGAAAAAAAAUGGUUUCGUAAAUAAUUUGCCUAUUUUGGUUAACAUAGCACACGGGGAUAAUCAUAUGAGAGUUGCGGGGCUUGUGCCAUUGCUGGAUCAGAGCACGCCCAAUAUUUGAGGUGGCUCUGAUCACCUGGCCACUGAACUCAGGCAGUGCAGUGGCCUCACUGGUACUAUGUUCCGCUCCAUGCAGAGACAUUCUCUAGAGAGUGUUCUCAGCUGGGAAGAGGGUGGAAAUGAUUCUUACCUUGGUAAAUAUAUUAAAGUACACAUUUGGGUAAUCUAGCAAAUGAAGUUUUGUUUCCCUCUUGGCAAAUUGUGUCAAAGUUACUCUUAGCUGAGCCUAUUUCUACUGGGGGAGACCCAUAACACCUUUCUAAUAAAUUGAGGAGCAAGAAUACUGCAAAAAGAUUGUGCAAAAUGCCUAAGAAAAUAGUCUUCUGAUGCAAGUAGCCAUCAACCCUACACCUACACUGUAUUCUUGAAGGGGGGAAACAUUUUAUUGAAUUACAAAUCCAGCAGCUUUUACUCAUGUCCACCAGCUUUUUGCACAGAGAAUAAUGUGUAUCUAACCAAGGAUGAUCUAGGAUAAGUAAUUCCUGUUUUAUAUUGAGUACUUUAGGGAGGUCUUUAAAAGACUUGUUUUCUACCUAUAAAUUUAGGUUAUUACAAAUACAAGAGUUUUGUACCUAAAAUAAGCCUCAUUCCUAUGUUGUCUCUAUUCACAAUCCAUUCCAGAGUCUUGAAAAAAAGAAAAAGAGAGAGAACCCUCAGAGACAAUGUUUGAGAAGAACACGUGACAAAAUCACUGAGAACUUCCUUCCUUCCCCCAGAUGAGGACCUCGGUAACCUGUGCUGGUUCCUCCUCUUGCCCCAACUGAGGGGUGGGCCGUGACUGGCCACCCAGUGUAACCCACACAGGAGGGCGCACACUCGUACCCCAACCCCUCUCCUAACGGGGUAGGAAGAAAGCUAAAGAGACUGAAAAACAAGAGAGUUUGGGACAAGGUAGCUUGGAAAGCCAUGGGGGACAGAAGCCCAGAACAGUAUUACCCUUAAGCUGGGCUAUCACCUGUGAUUUGAUUGUCCACACCACACAGUAAGAAAUGUGUGUGCUCUGUGAGCAGGUCUCUUGAAACAGGCCUUGUGUUUUAUCUGUACUGUGGCUGAAUUUCUUACACACAUAAGUCACUGAGCAUAGACUUCUUAUCCUGAGAUAAGUAGAAUCUAACCGCAGACUCUUGGCCGCGUUUCCAGGGACCGAGCUCUGAGUUCUGUCCUCCCCCACUGGACUCGUCAGAGGCCUCCAUGCUUCCUGGGAGUGAUAUGGAACUGUCCCCUCCCUAGCACAGAAUAAUGUCCCACAGAAAAAGCAGGCAUCGGAGCACCUUUUGGGUGAUCCUUUCGGGAGAGAAGGAAAGGUUAUUUUCCGCAUUUCUUGAUAGGGUUGUCACAGCCUUUAAUGUAAUGCUCCAGAAUGAUAUCCACAUUAGGUAGGAGUUCAAGUAUUCAGAGAUGAAUAUCUACCCAUAUAUGAAUACCUAAUCCAGUAAAAUACACUGUUCUUUUCAGCAGUAUCUUCUGUAUUGGAUGAGCAGGGCGAGAAGCUGAGCAAAACAAGUCAAGUUAGUUGGCCUUUGGAGGCUUGUCUAAAGCACCAAGUAAUGAAACAGCCAGGCAGUGGGAUAUCCCUUCAAAAAGAGUACGUAAUUGAGUUUGCAAGCUCUAUUAUGCUUUCUCCUCUCUCGUUAAUUUUACACUCACAAAGUCAGUUAGAACAUGAUCAUUAGCUCUUGGGGGAGAAGGAUGGACAGUGAUAUUUCUGGAUCUCUGGAUUUUGUGUGUCAGUACAAGGAAUUAUUAUUUAAAAUGUAUUUAUUUAGAGGCGGCACAUUGCUGUUGAUGUCUAUGAUACCACAGGUUUUUCAAAUCUUCUUGGUAUGUUUAUCUAAGUUUAUUGUUGACUGAAUAUAAUAUACCCUAUUGUAAUUUGUCAAAUAUCAUUGAUUAAUUAUAUCAUUUGUGUGGGGUUAGUUGUAACGUAUACUGCUCCUAAUCUUCUUGUUCAGAAUAGUGAACUGGUAGCCAAAAAUAUAUGUAUCACAGAUGUUAGGUAGAAUUUGAACAACACAGUCAAGUGCUCUAGAAGUUUUUCUGCUAAAUUAGUAGACUAAUGAAUAUUAUAAAUACCAUAGCCAUUGGGAGCAGCACGUUUUCCUUUGGUAGAUAGAUAUCAACCCUGGUGAACAGUGCCAGUUUCAUACUUUGGAUUUAGAGCUAUUCUCUAGUUAUUGUAAUACAGAGUACUGUAAAUCCCUAAUUUCCUUAAUGUUACUUAUUGGAAGUGGGGGUAGUACAGUGUGUACAGGAAAGAAAUUUAGUCUUGCUAAGCAGAAGCAGUUCCCAACUUAUAAGCUGGUCAUAUUGCAAAACUCUUUUGUCAGUUGGUUGUUCGCAACGUGGAAUGUAUUUUCCUUUAUAAUGGUGGUUAGGCCCCCAGACCAGAUAGAAAAGAUUAUCAAACCCACAGUUUAGGUGAAAUAGGAUACUAUAACAAGAUUGCUAAAGAACCUAAGCACUAAUUAUAAUAUUGCUUCCAGGGGGUAUUUGUUCAGAAUUGCUGAGAAUAUGUCACUCCUCUUGUUAGUGGAAUCUGGAUAGCCCACCUCAGCUACACACCACCCGCUGGACAGUGGGGGAAAGGGUUGCCACCAGUUAGAGGUGAGUCCAAGUGGCCUGAAGCAGGGUUUCCAGCAAAGGAGGGGAAGAAUCAGUCUGUGCCAUGAGAGAAUCUGGAGCUAGGAGGAGGUUGAAGGAGGUUGAGGAAGCCUCUUGUGGAUUGAAAACCGCCAGGGACAUUCCUCAGCUGGUACCCUUUUCUCUGGAGGUCUCAUGCUUGGCCUGUCUGCUUCUGUUUUCAGGAACUUUGGCUCCUAUAGUUCAUCUCCUUACCUGCCCACUACAAAACAAUGAUGUUGCUGCAUAGUUUCUCCCAUAUGCCCGUCAUUAGAGCCGGCGCACAGCACUUUUAAUGGAUUUAGUGCUAGUAAACUAUGGUUUAACUGCCCAGUGAUCAGAUGGGGUGGUAAAAGCUCUCGACUCACUUUCCUUUCUUCACAUUUGCACACCCUGUGAAGAAAGGCGCACGGUUGUGGGGCUUGGGGAGCACAAAGGACUGUGGGUGAGAUUCCGCAGUACUUCUGAGGACACCUCAGUUCCCCCAGAGCUGACGUAAGCCUCUCAGCCACCGGUUCUCUACGUGGUUCUGUGGACCAGCAGCACCACCGUCACCUCGGAACUUGUUGGAAUGCGAAUUCUCAGGCCCCACCCCAGACCUAGUGACGUCAGAAGCUGGGAAAUGGGGGAGCAAAUGUGUUUUAACAAGCCCUCAUGUGAUCCUGGCGCUCAUCAAGUUUGAGAACCAUUCUGAGCCAGUUAGUCUCUCCUUUUUCUCCCUGUCAGUCUCAGAGGACAGGUCACAGGACUCGCGGGGCAGGAAGUGGGCAGCAGGACUUAGGGAGGGGAAGAAAGGGCCUCCUCAGCAGGGUGUCCCCCCUCCCUCUGGAAAGGCUGCUGCCGGGGUGGAGGCGUAAGCGGAGGCCACCUGCACUCCAGGUAACUUUGGGCUGGGGCAGGGUAAGAUCAUGUUUUUCCAGAGCGGUGAAGGAAGGACGGUGAGGUGUUAUUCUUGGGUUUUGGGGUUUUGGAGGCGAGAAAUUAAAAUAACACCUUUUGUAAAUGCAGCCUGAGAGGAAAUAGUGAAUCAUGUCAGGAGUAAGUGCUCCAGAAGGUCUGCGUUCACCGUGUUGUGCUCAGUCCUGUCCUUUGAAAGUGAGUUCUCUACUGAAAGGUGUGCCCUGCAUUAGGAGCUCCAAAUGGCUCGGAAAAGAACGGAGAGCUCAGCUCUGUUUCAGUCUGUCAGGAUGCUGGACCGCACAUUUAAGUGGGGUGGGGAGCAGUUGGAGUGAGGAAGAGGUCAGCGAUAUGAUCAGAUAUUGGAUUUUAUGCCUUGGAGCAAAAGCCAUUAGUUUCCCUCAGUUUAUCAAUACAAACAACUUCAGGCUUGCAAAGGGCAUAAGCCUUAAAAGAUAUUCCUCCAUUCCAGUUCGCUGUAAACUUCUAGCCACUUUCAAAACAAAGAAGAUACAGGCUAUAUAGCAUUGAGUAAUGCUAAUGAUUUCCUUAGGGAUGGCAGCUCCGAGAAUCCUUUAGCAAUAGAACAUACUUCCUCUGAAAUGCAGUGAGUUAUUUACAAUGAUGUAAAGCUUUCAGGUACCAGUUAGGGGUGGGGUGGCUAACAACUGAGAAAUGGCACUAAACCUAAAAAGGGAAAGUUCUUGAAAAAUAUGUAGACUUCACAAGGCUUAGACAUUCUUUAGAGUUUUCUCAGAGGAAGGGCUGUGAAACUGGGCCCAUGGAUAUGCAGGCUUGAAUCUGGGUUUCUAAAAGGAAGAAUCUAUGCAGUUGAGGCUCACCGUAGGAAAUACUUCAUUUGUAUGUAAAUAUAUUGUAAGUAACAGGAGGCUGUAUAUUUUUGCAGUUGAUCAACACUGAACUAGAAAUCUCUAGCACCUGCAUAUCAGGAAUAAACGUUUUCGUAGAUAUUAGUGGUUUUGUUUGGGAAUUAGAAACAUUUACAUUCCCUCCCAGAUACCAUAGUUCUUUGAAUGUAAAUUUGGAACCUAAAAAUCUUACUUAAUUGUUUAGAAAGGGAAAAGUCUGAGAAACUGUUGCAUUGAUUUCUUAUACUGAUAUGAAGAUCAAUUAUUUAAAAGGUAGUCAGUCCUCUGAGCUACAAAUGAGAAAUAUCUAGACUCAGCUUACUGUCACGUAGAAAUAGGUAACCCCGAAUUGACCAACUGUUUCUUCAUAAUGCUCUCUCAUUGUUAACACUCAUAGCCACUACACAGUACUAAUGAAAACAGAAGUUGGGGAGGAGAAUGCUUUUUUUUUCAAAAUUGAAUCACUGCAUUUCCCAAACUUUGGGAUCUUUGAAAGGGGG